AUAUAUAUUUCCUUUUUCUUUGUUGGUGUUUUCCAGCUGGAUCGAAGCCCGUGCGCCACACUUCGUUUCCUUUUCUAUUCUUCCCUUUUGUUGAACUUUUUGUCGUCGACGCGCACGCAGCAACCAGGCAACGUGGAAGAGAGCUUCCUCUCUCGUUUUCUCGCACGGUCUUAUGUGAUGGGUUUCAGUCUUGUUCAAGCUCAGUAGCGUACCGUCCGCCACCAUCUCCAAGCCGGAGAAACGUGUCUAAAUUUCCGACACUCGUAGAAUCUCUUCCAUAAAGACCUUUUUGAAAUCGUUUACAAGUUUAUUCCCUUGAUUUUGCCGAUUGGAGCGCCAGUCAUUUCUAUCUCGCCUUUUUUUUUUUUUUUUUUAUUUUAGACAUUCAUUUUGUUUUUUAUGCGAAUAAGAUAGUGCAAAAAUGACAAAAAAAUUUGACUUUAAUUGGCGGAUUCCUGUUCCGGAACCGCUUCUUCAAGGCAACUCUUUCGACAAGUGGACAGAAGAAAAGGAUACGUUCGACUUGGAGCCGAGCUGCUUCUUUCAGGUCGACGAGUAUGGCUUCUUCAUCCAUUGGAAAUCUGAACCUCGGGACGGCGAUGUGCUGGAGCUGAGCCAGGUCAGUGACGUCCGAUCUGGAGGCCUUCCCAAGGACACCCGUGGGCUCAACCAGUUGAUGACCAAACAUGGAUCCGCCACUGCCCAAGAUCUUGAUGACAAAUCAUUGACUAUUUGCAGUGGUCUCGACAUGGUUAACAUAAAUUACUUGCACGUCGUUUGCGAGUCAGCUGAACAGGCUAAGACGUGGAAGGAAGGUCUCCGCGCGAUAACCAACAAGAACAAGAUCAUCAAUGUCUGCCCUACAACCAACCUGAUGAAACAUUGGAUGCGGCUCGGUUUCCAGGUGGAUGCAGCCGGUAAAGUGCCCGUCAAAGUUGUUGCCAGAACAUUCGCUUCGGGUAAAACAGAGAAGCUCAUCUACCAGGCAUUUGCUGAACUAGGACUUCCUAGUGAAAAGGGUGACUCUAUGGAGAAAGCCGAUUUCACUUUCGAAAAAUUCGUUGCCCUUUACCACAAAAUUUGCCCGAGGAAUGAUAUCGAGGAACUGUUUCAAUCGAUCACUAAAGGCAAGUCGGAUGCGAUUGGGCUUAUCCAGUUUAUCGAUUUUCUAAACGACAAACAGCGCGACCCUCGCCUCAAUGAGAUCCUUUAUCCUCUUUACAAUGAGAAACGAGCCACUGAGAUUAUCGAAGAGUAUGAACAGGACAAAGACAACCGUGUUAGAAGACGGUUGAGUAAGGACGGUUUUAUUCGUUAUCUAAUGUCAGACGACAAUGCCCCAGUAUGGCUAGAUCGUCUCGAUAUUUACAUGGAAAUGGAUCAGCCGUUAUCGCAUUAUUAUAUCAAUUCCUCUCACAACACUUACCUCAGUGGACGACAGUUUGGUGGCAAAUCAUCAGUAGAAAUGUACCGGCAAACUCUUUUGGCUGGUUGCAGAUGCGUAGAGCUCGAUUGUUGGGAUGGUAAAGGCAGCGAUGAAGAGCCCAUCAUCACUCACGGCAAAGCCAUGUGUACUGAAAUUCUUUUCAAGGACGUUAUUCUCGCCAUUCGCGACUGCGCUUUCGUCACCUCAGAUUGGCCUAUCAUUCUGUCAUUCGAGAACCAUUGCUGUCGAGCCCAGCAGUACAAGCUGGCCAAAUACUGCGAUGAAAUCCUUGGUGACCUCCUACUUAAGGAACCGAUUCCCGAAUCACCAUUGGAGCCUGGAGUCUCUCUGCCUAGCCCGAGCCAGCUAAAGCGAAAAAUUCUCAUCAAGAACAAACGACUAAAACCAGAUGUUGAAAAACAAGAGCUUGAACUCUUUCGUCAGGGUCAGUUCGUCAUAACGGAAGACGAGGAAAAGGAAGACGCUUCUGCUCCAGCAGCUCCCAUUCCUGAAGAUAAAAAGGAAACUGAGGUUGGCGCUAAUGAAUCCCGCUCCCUCAGCUUCGAAGAGAAGAUGUUCCAGGUGUACGAAUACAAAGGUGGAACCACUCACAUCCAUCCUUGGCUUUCUUCCAUGGUCAAUUAUGCCGAGCCUGUCAAAUUCCAGGGAUUCGAUGUAGCAGAGGAAAAGAAUAUCCAUCAUAACAUGUCAUCGUUUGCUGAAACAACCGGUCUCAAUUACCUAAAGACAUCAGCCAUCGAAUUCGUCAAUUACAACAAACGUCAAAUGAGCCGAAUUUAUCCAAAGGGUACUCGAGCUGAUUCCUCCAAUUACAUGCCCCAGGUGUUUUGGAAUGCUGGAUCGCAAAUGGUCUCAUUAAACUUUCAAACUCCUGAUCUACCGUUCCAGCUAAAUCAGGGAAAGUUUGAGUACAACGGGAACUGUGGCUACCUCUUGAAACCAGAUUUCAUGCGUCGUCCAGACAGAACUUUCGACCCGUUUGCUGAAUCACCUGUGGAUGGUGUCAUUGCCGCUCAGUGCGCUGUUCAGGUUAUCGCCGGUCAGUUUUUGUCAGAUAAGAAAGUCGGAACUUAUGUAGAAGUCGACAUGUACGGUUUGCCAACCGACACCAUUCGCAAAGAAUUUCGUACUCGUAUGGUUCCUGCCAACGGUCUCAAUCCCAUUUAUAAUGAAGAACCUUUUCUAUUCAGAAAAGUGGUUCUUCCAGAUUUAGCUGUACUCCGUUUCGGUGUCUACGAUGAAAACGGCAAACUUCUUGGUCAAAGAAUCCUUCCGUUGGACGGUCUCCAAGCUGGAUACCGCCAUAUCUCUCUGAGAACGGAAGCCAACUUUCCAAUGGCGUUGCCUAUGCUCUUUUGUAACAUCGAGUUAAAGAUUUACGUUCCCGAUGGAUUGGGAGGAUUCAUGGAUGCCCUUUCGGACCCUCGAGCCUUUAUGUCAGCCAACAAAGAAAGAGAUAAUAAGUUAAAGGACAUGGGAAUUGAAGAAUCAGAAACAUCCAAGGCUGCUCUGACAGGCGGUAAACCUGCUCCGGCACCCGAAGAAGAAGUCAAGAGAGAGGAAAUGAAGUUCGAACCUGUGACCCUGGAGUCCCUUCGCAGCGAUAAAGCGUUUGCCAAGGCGACUAAGAAACAUCAAAAAGACCUCGAGUCGAUGAGGAAACGCCAACAAAAGGAGAAAGCCACCAUCCAGAAGAACCAAGUUUCUGCCGUUGAACGGAUCGUAAAAGGGAAAAACAAGGAAGAAUUCAUCAACGAUCCGGCCCUAAAACAGCUGGUAGCGGAGCAAGCCAAAGAGUGGUCUGAAUUAGUGGGACGCCAUUUGAAAGAGGAAUGGACGUUGCUGAAGGAACAGCUGGAGGCUCAACAGGACAUUCUCAAGACGGUGAUGCAGGGUGCGCAGGGAGCUCAGCUAAAGAGCUUGGACGCCAAAUUGGAGAAGGAGAACAAAGAUCUAAAGACACGUCAAGCCAAAAUGGCAGUUGAGACUGCCAAAGAAGUGGCCGCUGACAAAACUUUACGCAAUAAAGCAGAAAAGGAGCGUCGUUUGCGUGAAAAGGCCCAAAAUAACACCAAAAAAUUCAUCGAAGAACGCAAAAUUACUGCCAUGAAACAGGGCAAAGAAAGGGAGAAACUCGUGGCCAUGCAUGCAAAGCAACUCGAGGACCUGAACCGAGACAUUCAGCUGAAUAUUCAAAUGUAUAAGAACGCGGAAGUGGAGUAUCAGCUGGCCAAUCCCUACGAAUUUUUCGUUUGAAACCGGUGGCGUUCAACUCAUUAAAUUCUCAUCACAUUCCAUCACAUAAUGUGAAUCUGCUGUUGCUUAAACAUGCUCUUCCAUACCCCGGUUGUCACCAUACGUUUCAUAUGAUUAUAUUCCUUCUUACUUUUCGAAAAGAUUAAGUCCAUUAAAAUAAAAAUAAAAAUACGUAGAUGUUACUUUUUCCUAUUUUACAAUUGUUGGUACCUUUCCUUGUAUUUCUUAUCACUAAUCUGUAUUUUUAUCUUUUAUUUUUACUUAGCCAAAUCUAUUUUGGGUGUGCCAACAAACUAUGCCUUAUUAUGGGACUGCUAUUAUUCUUUUACUCGUUAGAUGGCGUUAUCCGCUAUGAGCUAAUUUGUCAAUCAAUUCCAAAUUUUUUUCUUUUUAAGUCGUUCAUUCCUUAAAUUUCAAAGCUCAUUUGUCCUCCAUAUAUUUUUGUUUCAUCCACCGUCUCUACUAGAAUCUCAUAUAUUCAUAGCCGUGAAUUCAUUUACCCAAAAUACAAUGCAAUAAGAAAAU